GGCUUCUAAAUUUAGCACAGGGGUUUUACGUUGAUAAUAACAAUCUUGUUCAUUGCACAAUAUUUAUUCUACAACUAAGUAUGUAUAUACAAGUACAAAUAUUGUAGGUGAGAAAAAACGAUAAAAACACGUGAAAGAUGGCAGAUGGUGAGCAAAGAAUAAUUCCAGACAUCAAAUAUGAGUAUCUAGAUCAUACAGCUGAUGUGCAGUUGCAUGCAUGGGGAGAUAAUUUAAAAGAAGCAUUUGAACAAUGUGCAACAGCCAUGUUUGGUUAUAUGACAACAGACUACAGUCGUGUAGAAAUGACAGACACACAGGAAAUAGAAGUGGAAGCUGAUGACAUGGAAAAUCUGUUAUUUCACUUUUUAGAUGAAUGGCUGUUUGUAUUUUCUGCUGAACCUUUCUUUAUCCCCAGGGUUGUUGAAAUAACAGAAUUUGAUAAAGAAAAUUUAAAACUGAAGUGUAAAGGUUAUGGAGAAGAAUUUGAUAUCUCAAAACAUCCUCAGGGAACAGAAGUAAAAGCUAUCACCUAUUCUAAUAUGCAGAUCUAUGACGGAGAUAAACAUGAAGUUUUUGUCAUUAUUGAUAUUUAAUGAUUGUUGUAAUUACAUUUGUAAUAAACAUAAUAAACUUG